AAGAAAAAAAAGUAAAAUUUUGCUCUCUCUAUGUCAGGCAACAGCAACAACAACAACAACUCUUCCUCUCCGAGUGUUCCUUCUUCUUCUUCUGAACCAUUUACUUGUUUAGUGAAUGGGAAUAGCAACAGUAAGAGGAAGAGAAGACCAGCAGGAACUCCAGAUCCUGAUGCAGAGGUGGUAUCUCUCUCUCCCAAAACUUUACUUGAAUCAGACCGUUAUGUUUGUGAGAUCUGUAACCAAGGAUUUCAAAGAGACCAAAACCUUCAGAUGCACAGAAGAAGGCAUAAGGUGCCAUGGAAACUUCUCAAGAGGGAAACUCCAGAAGUGAGAAAGCGCGUGUUUGUAUGCCCAGAGCCUAGUUGUCUUCACCACAACCCUUGUCACGCGCUUGGGGAUCUAGUUGGUAUAAAGAAACAUUUCAGAAGGAAACAUAGUAAUCACAAGCAAUGGGUUUGUGAGAAAUGCUCUAAAGGCUAUGCUGUUCAAUCUGAUUACAAAGCCCAUCUCAAGACUUGUGGCACUAGAGGCCAUUCUUGUGACUGUGGCCGUGUUUUCUCCAGGGUGGAGAGUUUUAUUGAACACCAAGAUUCUUGCAAUGCAAGCCAUCUCCGAACUGAAUUGCAGACGCUGCAACCGGCGUGUUUAUCUCGAACGGCAUCGAGUCCGAGCCCAUCAAGUGAUACCAACUUCAGCACAGCUCCUUGGCCAGGUUUAAGAUUACCUAAACCAAUGGGGGAGCCUAUUUUCUUAAGAGCUGAACAAAAUAAUUUAGAACUUCAGCUCUUGCCAUCAUCAAAUCCACUCUCAAACACCACAGAUGUAAUGGUUUCACCUAAUUCAGAUGAAAAUCAUGCAACACAACUUCAACUUUCAAUUGGGUCAUGUGAUCAUGGUGAGAAGAAUGAAGCAAACCAGUUCAGUUCAAAUAAAGUUGGUGGAAGAAUCUCCUCUCCCAGGGACAAGAAUGCUGUGGAAGAACAACCAGGUUUAAUGGCUUUAAGGCUAAAAGAACAAGCAAGAGAGCAACUGAGGCUUGCAAUGACUGAGAAGGCAUUUGCAGAAGAAGCAAGACUUCAAGCUAAGAGACAAAUUGAAUUGGCUGAGCAAGAAUUUACAAAUGCUAAGAGAAUUAGACAACAAGCUCAGAGUGAACUUGAUAAGGCUCAGAUUCUGAAAGAACAAGCAACAAAGCAAAUCAACUCUACCAUUCUACAAAUCACUUGUCAAGCAUGUAAGCAACAAUUUCAAGCCACCAACUUGGGAGCUCCACCAGAUGAGAACUCUCUUGUUGUCAGUUACAUGUCCUCAGCUAUUACAGAAGGUGAAGGAGAGAAUGAUAAUAGAACCCAUCAAGCCAAUAUCUCCAAAACUUAAUUAACCCUUCUUUGUCUCUCUCUCUCUCUCUUAGUAUAAUACCCAAGUGAGUGUUGUAAUUAUAUGUUGGUGAUGUUGAUUAAGUGAGUAUUUAUUGUAAUCUUUUGAGGGUGUUGUGUUUGUUUUUGUUAUUUUUUCAUUUAUUCUAAGGAAACAAAAGGAAGACUACUAUGAUGGGUUAACCUUUUUUUUCUUGUUUUGGUUAGAUAUUUUCAUGAAAAUCAACUUUGUAUUUUCCUAAGGGAAAAAAAGAAGGCAAAAAAAAUGCAACUAUCUUUUUCUUACACUUGAAUU